AUGACCAAUUGCCCAACAAACCAUGUAUUGGACCCUGGCGGAGAUUUGGUCAUUGCUCUACAGGUGGAGCCAGAGCAGCACAGUGUCGAAAAGCCUCACGAGGAGAGUUUAACAGUCUCUUCAAGACAACUCAUUCUAGCCUCUGGUUAUUUCCGUGAACAAUUUGGUGGCCCAUGGAAGCUAAGACACCAGCCGAAUUGUCGCCAUGUUUUUCAACUUCCUCUGAAAUGCACCAAUCCAGAGGCAUUCAUGAUCCUUAUGAAGAUAUUCCACGGCCAUUCCAGGAAUGUGCCUCGAAAAGUUACGCUUCGGACACUUACCGAUAUUGCCCUUCUAGUCGACACCUACAAAUGCCUUGAAGCAGUGGAAAUUUUUGCGGAUACCUGGAUCGGCGCACUUAACAGCCGUCUUCCAAAGACUUACUCGGAGGUUGCGCAUAUGUGGACCUAUGUUGCAUACAUCUUUGAGAAGGCGCACAUUUUCCAGAUGAUGACGAAGCUGGCCGUGAAAUCCAGCAAGGGACCAAUAACCUCACAUCUCCCCAUUCCUCCGACAGUCUUCUAUCUUCGUCUUCUGGGCCACAAACCAAGCCAGCGUUUCCAUUAUGCCAGCUUUGCUACCAUAUCCAAGGCCCUCAAUCAGUUGAAUAUUGAAGAAACUCCUUCUAUUCGGCACCGUGCGGUAUGA